AUGAAGAAGGAAGUACUCACAUUGUCUCCGACUGAGCUACGUGAGUUGAGCGUUGGAAUCAACUGCAUCUCAAAAUCCGGUUUUUCGUUGCUUGUAUUGAAGCGAGGAGACGGUACUUUGCAAGCUUGCGAAAAUCUGUGCAAACACCAGGGCGGUAAGUUCGCACCGAGCACUGAUAUCGAAGACAUGGGCACAAACAUUGCAAAGUGUACCCGGCAUCAUUGGAAACUUGACUGUGAAACACUUGAAUACGUCAACCCCCCUGAGGUGCACAAACAAGAGCCGCUCCACAUCAAAUAUGGACGAGAUGGUUCGGCCACAUUUCUGAAGGAAGUCGCUGAGUUGCCAUGGAGAGAAGGACUACCGCGUGCUAAGCUCGACUCCAAUGAGCUGACAGUUACUUACCUGUCGCAUGCGUGCUUAGAAUUUAAGCUCGGGCGGCACGUGAUUGUUAGCGACCCCUGGCUUAUUGGUCCAGCUUUCUUGAGAGGUUGGUGGUUGAAGCAUCAACCGCCAGAAAAUGCGAUUGAACGAGUGUGCAAUGCUGAUGCUAUCUGGAUAAGCCAUGGUCACAGUGAUCAUCUGAAUAUACAUACUCUUCGCCUAGUUGCAGCUCGGCGGCCUGAUAUCCCCAUUUUUGUUGGAGAGUUAAAUGAGCCAAUAAUACCACAAGACGUUAUGGAAGACAUCGGCCUGACCAAUGUGAAUAUUAUUCCAACAGGUAAAUGGUACUAUCUCGAUGAAAACUCAAGAUUCAUGAUAAACACUGACGACACACUACCUGAAGUGGAUACGUGGGUGAUAAUGGAGCACAAGGGCCAUCGGAUUAUCAACUUCGUCGAUUGUAGUGCUCCAUCUGCAUUUAAUGUUCCAGAUGAGCAGGUUGAUGUCAUUCUAACUGAUUUCGCUUCCGGCGCAUCUGGUUUCCCUAGCUGCUUUGCUGACAUGUACGGAAGUGAGAAAGUUUUACAGCUUGCAAAUGAGAAACGUAGACUAUUCCUACGAAAACUCGGGGAUCUCGCCAGACGUACAAGAGCAAAAGCUUACAUACCAAUGGCUGGUUACUUCACUCCGUCGCAUCCUUCUGACUCUGAUGUUCUAAAGUUGAACAGGCAAAAUUCACCAGAAGAGGCUGUGACGUUUUUGAAAAAGACACACCCGCACAUGAAGGCAUGGAUUCCGUUUCCUGGCGGACGAUUUGAUUUGUGCAGUCUUGAAGGCGAUGAAGCACCAGAUGAGAGCUCGUAUACAUGUAAGAGUUGGCAGUUCUCAUCGUACACAUCGCAGAUAGAGUCUGUUGCCGAGCGUGCAAUGGUCACACGCGAACAACUACAGCAGUACUUCGAUUGGGUGGGUUUUGCAGACUACGAUCUUGUUUUACACGUCGUCGAGAUGGAUGAGAAACUUGAGAGCAUCGUACGGGAAUUUUUCAUUGAUUUCGAUUCAAAAAAGCCGAAAGUCGUGACAUUUAAGCCACGACUGGGAAAAUACUUGCGCAUGCGUGUUCGUUCCACAUCCUUCCGCUAUGUUCUACAUACAGGUUCUACCUGGGAUGACCUCCUGAUAGGAUUUCAAGCCAGAAUAAGCGUGUCACCGGAUGUUUAUCAUUUUAAGUUUUACAACCAUUUUUCGAAUCUCUUACCACGAAAUAAACCACAAUUCAAGCUAUCAGAAACUACUAUCGAGCGCCAACAACAGAAAAUCUCAAAAUUUAACUCCUUGCUAGUAUAUGCUUUCAUUCUGGUCAUGGCAGUUAUCCAUGCCAUGCUCAGGUAA